UCGAGGGAAGAUGCUUGGCGGGUCCAGCAGCAUCAACUCUAUGAUCUACGUUAGGGGUAAUCCGGAAGACUACGACGGCUGGGCGAGAAUGGGCUUCAAAGGCUGGGACUGGAACACAGUAUUUCACUACUUCCUGAAAAGCGAACACCUCCAGGACGAUGAAAUAAUGAAUGACCCAAUAUACUCCAAAUACCACAACACUCAUGGACCAGUCAAAGUUACAAAACAGCAAAGCAUUGAUCCUAAUGUUUAUGAUACAUGGGACGUCCUACUAGACGCUGUUGAUGAAAUCGGUAUCAAAAGAAUACUCGAUUACAACGGCCCCACUCAGUUUGGAUUCUCCAGAUGUUACUUCACUAAUUCCAAACCACCAGGUGUGAGAUCCAGCACCGCAGAAGCGUACCUAGUACCAGUCAGAAAAAGGAAAAAUCUUUUUAUACUCAAAAAUGCUUACGCUUCGAAAAUAAUUAUCGACGAUCACAAAGUUGCAAGGGGCGUGGAAGUGUUCCAAGACAAUAAGUUUGUUCAAUACUUUGCCAAGAAAGAAGUCAUCGUGUCAGCAGGUUCUUUAGAUAAUCCCAGAUUGCUACUGGCAUCUGGAAUUGGUCCUCGAGAAGAUUUACAACGGUUAAACGUUGAUGAAGUAGCAGAUCUUCCAGUAGGACUGAACCUUGAGGACCACCUCAUCGUGCCUGUCGGGUUCACGGGAGCGCCCACAGUUUACAAGGACCGGAAGAACCCUGGCCCGAAAGUUACACUAGACUAUCAUCCAUACCCAAGACUCAAUGGCUUCUACUCAGUAAAUGACACCACCAAACCUGAUUCGCAGAUAACUCCGUUCUACUUCAACCAGUCAUCUCCAGGAGUCCCCGGGGUCCUCAGAGAUUCCUUCAACUACAACGACGAGGUCGUUGCAUCUCUCGUGAGAGCUAACCUGGACCACGAGAUCUACCUCAUGUGCGUCACGCUACUUCACCCCAAAUCUCGAGGCCGAGUCUUCACCACCGGCGUCGGUAUAAACACGAUUCCAGAAAUUUACCUCGCUUACCUCUCUGAGCCGGAGGAUCUUGUUAUAAUACGAGAAGCUAUCAAAAGGAUCUUGCCUUUAACUGAAACUGAGUAUUUUAAAAAGGCUGGUUCAGAAGUGGUGAGGCUGGACUUGCCGCAGUGCGAGAAGUAUGUGUUCGGUAGCGACGCGUACUGGGAGUGCUACAGCCUGAUGAUGGCUCGCACCAUCUACCACCAGUCGGGCACGUGCGCGAUGGGCCGCGUGGUGGACGAGCGGCUACGAGUGUUCGGCGUCCAUCGCCUGCGCGUGGUGGACGCGAGUGUCAUGCCCGCGUUGCCGAGCGGCAACACCAACGCACCCGUCAUGAUGAUCGGGGAACGGGCAUCGGAUAUGAUUAAAGAGGAUUAUUUGGGUCAUCAUGGAAAGAUGCAUUGGAUUGUUUAAAAUUUUAUUUGUUUUAUAUUUUGAUACAGAAUAUUUAUAGGUAUUUGAAUACUUCG